AUGAAACAAUACAGGAUGGCAUCAGUCACCAAUCCUAACAUCAUCAAGCAACCACUAAAAACCCUCGAAAUGCCUCUAUAUAAGUUUUCGGAAGAGGUGUUACCACAUCACCAGAGAAUUUUAGAACAGCACAAAGCCUAUGUGUAUAAGUUAGUAGCAAAUAACAACAGCGAACUCCUAAUCAAAGAAGUAAAAGAAAAAAAGCGAUCAAUAAAACAACUUCGAGAUUUACUAUACGAACUAGACACACUAAGAACUCAAGUAGAAGACAAUGACUUGGACGCUUUCGACAACAAAACCAUGUCCUUGAGGGGCUCUAUAUUAAAGCUAAUUAAAACCUAUCAAGAUUUAGAAAAGACAGCUAAUGAACUUGUAGCUACAAAUCAACCAGAAACAUCCCUAGCAGAUGAAAGACGAAAUCCCUUUGAAGGAGCUUCACACAUUCAAAUCCAAGCUAAUUUAGAUGAAUUGAAAUUUAUGGAAGCUGAAGCAAGAUUGAAUAGUGUAGAGCAAAUACAACAAAAAUCCGAAGAUCUGCAGCAAAUACACAGAGAUUUGCAUAAAAUGGUUAAAGACCAAGGAGAACAAGUGGAUGAAGUAGAAUCCAAUAUUCAAUUAUCUGAUGAGAAUGUUCAAAGCGGUUUUAGAAACAUUAUCAAGGCUAAUAAAUUCAAUGCUGUAGCAUAUCCAGCUACGGGUGCCUUUGUGGGCACUCUACUUGGUGGCCCCAUAGGAUUACUGGCAGGCCUUAAAGUGGGAGGAAUGGCAGCUAUUGGGUGUGCUUUUGCAGGCUACGCUGGCGGUAGAUUUUUGAAAAAACAAAAAGAUGAUGAAAUCAAUGAAUCUGAACACGUAAUCAAUAAUGAAAAUAAUGAAAAUCACCACACUGUAUCAGAAAAUGAAAAAAAAGACAUUUGA